AAACAAAAACGAUACGUCAAACUUGACAGUAGUGACAUUCGUCGAUUAUUUAUCGCCGCUUCAAUCUCAAAUUAAACCUUUGUUCGACCAAAAUGGGCGGAGAAGCGGCAUUUCCGCGCCCCGACGAUGCCUAAUCCGGCAAAAAUCCUCACUUUUCCCAAAAAACUCCACGCCUUCGCGAUGUCUCGGUCAGGUAACGAAAAGGCGUAAUAGGAAGAUUUCCAGAGCCGAGUGCCCCCUUUCCGUCGAAUAAUACUCGCAUUUGUUGUUAUGGAGGACAGUCUGAGCGUGAAGUCCAACGAGUCGUUGGCGACGAGCGAAGAGUUCGACUUCGUCGGCGACAAGCCCGGGGCGAACAAGACACCCACUUUGGACAUCAAAAACGGGGACCUGAACGAGCUGAAGAGCGCGCUGACGGAGGUGCUGCAGGAGACCGGGCGAAACAUGGGCGAAGUGGAGAACAACCAGAAGAAGAUCGGGCAUUCAACGUUCUACGGGUGUCUGGUGGAGCCAGGGAAGGAUCCGCUGACGAGGGAGCUGGACUCGUCGCCAGAGGAGAAACAGGACUCGGUGAAGCAGGACUCGAACGAGGACGAAGAGGUUUCAGAUAUCGACCAGGACUGCACCAUAUUUGCCGGCGUGACGUACUUGGGGGCGGCUGCCAUAAACGCCCCCAAGUCAGAAGCCGAAAUCCAACGUAACAUGGCCAUACUGAACGAACAGAGUUCGGAACAGGGCAUCAAAGUCUCUGUGUCGGUGCCAUGCUCAUCGCAGGGUUUCGUCGUGUUGUAUGAUGCCAUCUCGAAUUCGGUCAUAUCUCGGUACGAAAUCCACCGCAUACUGUUCUAUGCGAGAGGUGCCAUAGAAAGUACCGAGGCUGGAUGUUUCGCGUUCACGUGGUCGCACGGGGACACCCAGGAGUCCGCCAUUUUUCAGUGCCAUGUUUUUCGGUGUGACAUAGCGGAGGCGGUGUCCAGAGUUUCAGGGUGUUUCGCCAAAGCGUUUCAGAGGGUUCCGCGCUCGAUGAGCAGUUCGGUAACGUCUGCGGUCGACAUGACGGGUUCCAUUACGACCUUACCGGACGCCAGAACGCUGAUGUACGUAUUCGAAGUGAGUCUAGAGAUUAGGGAGGAUGAUGGCAAGGGUACUUUCUCGGUGGUGGGAAAAGACAGGGGCGGCUUCAAGCUCAAAAGCAACGUGGAGAAGCAGCUGUGUUUGAGCAUACGUCAGGUGUCGGACAACGGGCCCCAGCUGCACAUCGAGAGGUGUUUCGGGGUCCUGGUGGCGCCGGGACGUCACGUGAGGCACUCGGAUAUGCAACUACUGGAAAUGAAGGAGCAAGCUCCAUCAAACAACACCUCGGUGGACCGUAACUGCACCCUCAUUUCCGCGACCUGGGACCCCACGGAGCCCUCCUUCGAAUCUCUGAACAUAGAAACCCCCAAAGACGUGAAGCAGUUCAUGACAGUGGCCGUAGACCUCGUGAUUCGCGGCAUCCAGGAACCGGUGCGGUUCCAGAUCGAGACCGCCGUGAGGAUCUUCGGCCAGAGCGAGCGCAACUUCUGGUACUUCCAGAAGAGGUCGCUCGUGCAGCAGUUCUUCUUGAAUUUAAAAGAGGUGGUAGCUGGGGAUCUUAACGACAUUUAUUAUGAAGUGUUGAACAUGGAGACGUCGGGGGAAUUGGACAAGAAUUUGCUGAAUUUGAACCUGAAUCUGUCCAGCCUUAUACAAUCGCCUAGUAUUACGUCCAUUGAUACCAUUACGCCCAAGGAGGAGUACAACUCGGACGGCGACGAGCCGCUGCUGAGCGGGACGGGAUUGGUCUCGAAGGAUUGCUCAGAGGAUGUCCUUGAAAGUUGGGCCGAUGUACUUACUCGCUGGAAGUCGACCAAACAACCACCCAAGCAACUGGCGAGUUUAGUGCGGACGGGGAUACCCGAAGCGCUGCGGGGGGAGGUGUGGCAGCGGUUGGCGGGGGUGGAGGAGAACACAGAGAUGAUGGAAAAUUAUAGAUUACUCAUUACGAAAGAAAGUAGCUGUGAGAAUGUGAUACAAAGAGACAUUGCACGAACGUUCCCCGCCCAUGAUUUUUUCAAAGAAGCGGGAGGUUUGGGCCAGGAUUCUCUCUACAGAGUUAGUAAAGCGUACGCCGUCUACGAUUCAGAAGUAGGAUAUUGUCAAGGACUUAGUUUUCUAGCUGCUACGUUGUUGUUGCAUAUGCCCGAGGAGCAAGCUUUCUGUGUUUUAGUGAAACUAAUGUACGACUACCGUCUCAGAGACUUAUACAAAGACGGUUUCGACAAUCUCUACCUGCGCCUUUACCAACUCAACUGCUUAAUGAAGGAACAGUUGACGCAACUGUGGCAACACUUCGCCGACCACCACGUCGAAACCCACAUGUUCGCUUCCCAGUGGUUCCUCACCCUCUUUACUGCCAGAUUCCCUCUGAACUUCGUGUUUCAAAUAAUCGACGUAUUCUUACUCCAAGGCAUCGAUACGUUGUUCCAAGUAGCGUUGGCCUUGUUGACGGCAUACACCAAGGACUUACUCCAACUCGACUUCGAAGGAAUUUUGAAAUACUUCCGCGUUUCCCUGCCCAAGAAGUGCAGAAACGAGGAGUCAACGCGGCAGUUAAUCAAGACAGCUUGUAGCAUAAAAGUGAAGAAGUUGAGGAAGUUCGAGGCUGAGUAUUUCGCGCUUAAAGACGGCUGGGAAAUUAUCAUGUUGGAUUCAGAGGCUGCAGAUAACGCGGAGAGCGAAGCCAACGAAGUCCAACAGCUCCGUCUGACAUUAUCGCGCUACGAAGAAGAGAGAAAACUGAUGUUGGAUGAAAUCGCUCAACUAAAAGAUAUGCUAAAGCGUGAAGUGGAGCAAGCGGAAAAGGACAAGAAGAACAACGCGACAAUCAUCAACGACUACAAACUAGUCCGACAGAGAUUAGAUACGCAGUUGCACGCGGUCCGGACGGAACUAGAGAACCUUAAAUUUAAAAUCUCGAAUUGCGAGAAAUGCAGCACGGUGGUGCACGAGGCGAAGGAGAGUUGCGACGACGACGAGAACCGGUCGGAGAGGGUGCGCGAGUUGGAGUUGGAGUUGGCGCAGACGAAGUUGGCGCAAGUGGAGGCGGAGUGCCGGAAUCAGGAUUUGAUUCACCGGCUGAGGAACACCGAGAUAGAGUUGACGAGUGCGAAAAAUAGUUGGCCGCCGUGGCUGAGUAAGACUUUGAGCUCGAUUAAGGAAGUGGCGAACAAGAAGGAUUUCGGGAAUUUGACAUAUCCGCACGGGAACAUUCCGAACUCGACGCCAUCUUUUAUAUCUCAUAUUAAUGCAAUAAGGAGGGAGAGCGUGCCAUUGAGGAACGAACACAACAUCAAAGAACAGAGACGCGAGUCGACGCCUAUUAUUAAAGAUUCUCAAAGCUGUAGUAGUUUGAAAACUCAUAAUUGAUCGUAACAAUUGAUUUUAUUAGAAUUUUUAUUCAUUUGUUAGAUAUUAUUAUUUGUAAGGAUAAGUUAGAAUUUGUAUUAAUUUUAUUUAUGACAUGUGUACAAUAUAAAGAUACUAAUAUGUGAA